AUGCGCGUCGCCCACCUCAUCAGGUUCGCGGCGGCGAUGUCCCUCACCUUCACUGCUGCUGCAGGCAUCGCAAUCAGGCGCGCAAAUACGACGGAACUUCAAGUCCCUCCAACCGACAACUCCCCUAAGGAUUUCGAAUCACUCCGGGGCGGAGCCUCAGCCACCUGUCACUCGUUUACGAUCAACCCGCGCUACUUCACCUUGUUGUACGCAACGUGCCGUGAUCACCUGGGCUUUGAGAAGAUAGGCCAUCUCAACUUGAACCUCUGCCUGGCAAAUUCUUGUGGCAACCUUGAGGGUCGCGAAAGAGGACGAUACGCGGAGAGCUGCUCGGCAAGGACCUGUUCGAUUGACGGGCUCACUUUGAAAUGCAAAUGCGAAAAUUGCUAUGGUAGAUGGAGCUGGACUUCUAUCAAUCUGAAUGAUAUUGUUGGAAACGACAAUGGAAGUCUCGAUCUUGGAAGACACGGGCAACACGUAGACUCUUCUCUGCACGUCAUGAAACGGUCAAGGCAUAUAUACGGAGCCUCAAUCCCCAAAGGCAUGAUAGUGACGUUUAACGACAUCACCGGGAAGAAGCCUAUCAUAUGUAGUGACUCUCUCCUCGCAGCAAAACCUAAUGCAACUCUUCCAUCCUCUUCAGUAUUGAUCUGUAUAGCAUCGAUCGGUGGCCAUAUUGCAAAGGUAGUCAAGGCCUCAGAUGGCCAGGCUUUUGGCAAUGACGGGCCCGCUGACAGGUGGGCCAUCGGUCGUCUCGACGGCGAUAUUGAGAAGGUUACUGACUCUGGUGAUACCACGCUAUCGCGUGGCCGGAACAACCGAUUGAGGGAUGUCAUCACUGAGUUGGGCCAGGACGGGUCGGGCCUAACCAUCUCGGAAGAUACGAUGAAAGCAAAAAAGGGAGACGCAAGAAGGGACACGAGAGUUCAGAAGUGUGAUGUCUUUGGAUUGCACCGCGACAUCAGACGCCAAACUUUGUCGGCCAUGCCGCGUGGAUGGAGGGCAGUUCGCGACAUCAACGUCACUGCAGGACCUGGAUUGGUCUCUGAGAGGGAGCCAAUCGGGGAUUGGUAUAUCGGUGAUAACACCCGAAUAAAAGCCGAGGGGAAUGCCAUCAAAACAUUCGAGGUUUUCAACGCCCAAUGCCAUCAGGCGGUCAAGAAAGCGGGAGGGCGUGCGACCCCUGCAGUGGUUUUGGUGGUCGUUGCCCGGGCUAAGGAGAUGACGGGCUUGGUGAAGGAUCGAGAGAAAAUUCUACGGGGCCCCACGAUUUUGUGGAGUGAACAGAUAACAGAAGCUAUGAAGCUCAAUAUCAACGACAUCGAAACCACCUUUGAAAUUGUUAAGAGUUGCAACUCCAAGUAUCUGCAAGCUAAGGGCACAUUAUUGACGACGUUCACCGUCGAAUGCGGGAGGACAGGAGUGCAGAUUAUCGAUCCGUCCAGCCUCGGAGGUCUGGACCUCCUGCAUGCUUCGCAGCCUGGUCCAGACAGCCAGUCAGUCUCAGCACUGUCUAAUUGUAGCGACCUCAGCCUUCCAAGGACUUCUUUCCGCCAAUCCGUUCUCUCUCUCUCUCUCUGGGAGGCGUUGGGGGCGGACAAAGACCCAGGCCGUGGCAAAAAGGGACGAUCCGAGUGGCCCGGAACGCCAGCGAAGCCAGACCCCGGCUUCCAUGCCAAAGAGAAGAGUGGAAAGACGAGGAAGAAUACCUAG